UCAGGAUGAAGACUGGCUACUAUCAUUACACCUCAAGGAUUACACCAAAGCGGAAUCUCUUCCUGCUACCUCCGGUCUUGUUGUCCUCACAUUUGCCACGCCGGUCGGUUUCCCUGUGUCCCCCGCUUUGGAAGUUGCGUCAAAAGCAAGAGACCUAACUUAUUUCCUCAGCAUCGGGUUUCUACUUUAGAGCACCAUGGGUCUAAACGAUAUCUGCCAACACUUUGACGAGGGCGAGUACACUGCCCGGAUUAUAUCAAGCACAGACGAAGAGCUUGUACAAAGAGAGGUCGUGAAGACCCGUCAACAGAUUACGGCAUACUUCAGCGGAGGAACAUACCUGGGAAUGGCCAUCCCAACUUGCGGCGCAUCGUUGAUCAUGGCUCCAUUAGCAGCUCGUAAAUUCUACAUCUCCAGGAAGAAGCUCAAGAUCGUGCAAACUGAGCUAGAGCGCCGCCAGAUACCCCUGUAUGAAACCCGGAAACGCGACGUCGCCAUAUCCGCCAUCACCGGAACCAUCGGUCUCGCAGUCGGCAUGGUGACACUCGGUGCUACCGACUGCCUAACGGAUGGACUCAUGUUCACGCCGUUGGGGAAUUCGGGGGCUUCAGGGGCUUCAGCCAUCGGUGCUUUGUCUGCAGACCCCGUCGGUGCGGUAGGCGACGCCAUCCAGGGGGCGGCCGCGCAGUUCCAGGAGGUCGGUACCAAUAUCACGGGGGACACCAUGGGCCAGACUAUCCUACCGGAAGUUCAAUUGAUGGAGGUGCACGACAUUGACACAGGAGCGACGGCCGAAAUGCUCGUCGCUACACCGGAAGUAGCCGGCGCAUGGAAUAUGGGUGUCGAUUUGGCGCAAACGGCUGAAAAGGCAUUGGCUUCUUUCCUGGCGACGGCAGGGUCGGCAUUGGUCAUGGAAGCCGCCGCAGGAUAUGGAAAGGCUCGAGGACGAUGCUGCCCCCGUCUUCUGGGUGUGUUUAGUGCCAUGAACUGUGACAGUUAUGGAGAGCAAAUUGGAAAGGGACAGUAUCGGCAUUGCUGCCUGUGCGAGAACGAUAAUUUCGACCUUUGCCAAGCCUGCUAUUCCAAGGGCUCGAGAUGUCGAUCGGCUUCCCACAACAUGACCUUGCUACAACCAGCCAUGAAUCAAGACCUAUCUCCAGAGACACCUAUCAUAAACUUGUAUCCAAAUUGGGAGAAUGAAAUCGUCCAGUUUGUCACACGUUCCCAACUCUCUGGUGGAAAGUACACGUUAUUUGGGUGUGACCACUGUGGAGAGGCAAUACGCCAAGGUAACUGCUAUCAUUGCUUUGAUUGCGGAAACUAUGAUUCCUGUGAAAAAUGCUACAAAGAUGGUUCCAGCUGCGGGGUUACAAAUCACGUCCUCUCGGCGCUUGUCUGCGCAGUCGACUGCUCAACUCAUCGGUAUUGGGUCAGUGACUGCCGAUGGUCCAAGGGCAUGUCUUCCGCAAAGCAAUGCAGUUGUUGCCAUGAGAUGGUCAACCAAGGGCGAUACUACCAUUGCUGUAACUGCGAUGGGGACGACUAUGAUCUCUGCCAUGCAUGUUACAAGGUAGGCGAGAGAUGCAGGAAUCCUACGCAGCAUACAUUGCAGCUACACCUGGCGGGCAACGACCUGUCUCUUUGGGCAUAUCCCGAGACAUGUGCAAGGCACUCGCACUCCUUUCAGUCAGGCACCGUCAAUUGCGAUCAUUGUUCAGAAAAGAUCACUCGAGGAAAUUUCUAUCACUGCUGUGAGUGUGAAGAGAAUUACGACGCUUGCGCGAGCUGUUAUUCGAAGGGCAAGGGUUGCAAAGAUGUGUCACAUUCGCUGAAUAUGCACUAUGUAGAGUCUUGAGGUUGUUUUUUUCUCUAUUUCUAACGUUCUCCCAACUUUCCAAUUUCCACUAGCAAUUUGUAAUUGAUAGUCAUGAAGCAGAGUUUUGCUCUCCGGGAGGUGCCUUCUGACUACCCAGGAGCGAUCCGGGGUUGUAGUGAUAUUGUGCGUCACGGUCCACUUUCACAAUUAACGAGACGAGACCAUAAUCGAGUACAACACGCUUCGAGACGUGAGGGGGAGA